AUGAGAGCUCAGUACAAUCUUCGUGGUAGUGAUUUCGGAGAUUUGUGUAGACAUUUUUAUGCAAGGUUCAGUUACUUCAGUAUGUCUCUUGUCAUAUAUCGCAUGCACGAUAUCACACGUUUUCGGAUGGGAGGAAAACGCAUGGAGCGACAUAGAACUACGGCAUGA